ACACAGGGGAAGAGGAAGUGUCUUGGGCCCUGGGGAAGACUGGCUUGUCUCCGUGGGUGGGGACAGUCAUUUGUCAGCUUUCUGGACACACAGACAGAGACAGGAUGGAUUUCCUUCGGCUACAUCUCCCUGGGCUGCAUCAGGCCUUGAGGGGAGCACUGGACUCCCUCAGCUCCUUUGUCUCCUACCUUAUGGGAGAUGAGGUCCCCACCGCAGAGAGGAAGGCAGCAAGGGUAGCCGAGGAACUGGGGGAGGUGGCUGCAGGAAGGCCAGGGAAGACCGAAGAGAAGGAAGCCCAGGAUGCCCUGGAGGGCCUUGGAGGCAGCCAAAGCAAGGAGGAUGGAGGGCUGAGAGGGCCCAGAGAGGCUGGAAGAUGCCAGGAGGGAGGUUCAGCUACAGAACAGACCUGGGGUUGGGAAGAAGGCAGCUCCCAUGGGUCUCAGGCAGAUGGGCAGGACAUUGGGGUCCGGGAGGCACCCAAGGCUGCCAGGGGCCAGGGACCAAGUGCCCACUUAGAGGCCAGAGAGGAGUCCGAGGCAGAGUCUGAGGCUGGUCAAGACAACAGCAGCCAAGUCCAGGAGAGUCGAGGGCCCAGUGAGCAGGAAGUGAACAGAGAGGAGACACUGAGAACCUGGGAACAGGAGGAGGAGGCGGAAGAGGUCAAGGAAGGAAAACCAGAGGUGGCAAAGGAGGCGGAGUCACAGUGGACCUGGCACAGGGACCCUGAGGGGGAGGUAGGUGCUGAUGGGCAGAAAGUAGCAGGGGACAACAGGGAGUCAUUAGAGCAGCAGGUCAAGGAGGCAGUUGCAGAGGAGAUCCAGGGGUCUGCAACCAAAGAAGCUGGGAAGGAAGAAGAGGUGAGGGUGGUCCUCAGGGGCAGUCGAAGCAUGAGGGCACAGGAUACACAGGAGCCACGGACAGAAAGUGAGGACAGGACAGCCUUAGGCAGGGAGGAAACUAGGACAGUCUCAGGCAGGGAGGAGGCCUGGACAACCUCAGGUGGGGAGGGGGAUGGGACAGCCUCAGGCAGGGAGGACAAGGAGAAAAUCUCAGUGGGGGAGGAGGAUAGAAUAGUCUCAGGCAAGGAGGAGGAUGGGACAGCCUCAGACAGGGAGGAACCCAGGACAACCUCAGGUAGGGAGGGGGAUGAGACAGUCUCAGGUGGGGAGGGGGACACGACAAUCUCAGGCAGGGGGAAAGAUGAGACAGUCUCAGGCAGGGGAGGGGAGAGCAUAACCUCAGAAAGGGAAGAAGCUGGGAUAGCCUCAGGCAGGGAGGAGGAAGAUAGAAGAGCCUUGGGCAGGGAGGAGGAUGGGACAGCCUCAGGCAGAGAGAAGGAUGACGCAGCCUCAGAUUGGGAGGAAGCCAGGACAACUUCAGGUGGGGAGCGCAAUGAGAGGAUCUCAGGUGGAGAGGGAAAUAGAACAAUCACAGGCAGGGGGAAAGAUGAGACAGUCUCAGGCAGGGGAGAGGAGAGCAUAGCCUCAGAAAAGGAAGAAGCCAAGACAGCCUCAGGUGGGGAAGAGGCUGAGACAGCCUCAGGCAGGGAGGAGGAAGCUGAGACAGCCUUAGGUAGGGGGAAGGAUGGGAUACCUUUAGGCUGGAGAGAGGCCAGGACAACCUCAGUUGGGAAGGGAGAUGACCUCUCAGGAGCCAGGAAGACCGAAUAUGGGGAAGUCUCAGGAGAAAGGAUCUCAGAGGGCACCAGGAAGGCCUGGGCAUUCGAGGAGGCUUCCGGGGGAGACCAGGAGGAUGAGGAGGAUGAGGAGGAUGAGGUGGAUGAGAAUAGAGAGGCUGAGAUGAGGUUUUCCCCCAAACAGACCCAGGCCCUGGGAACUGAGGACAUGGAAGAAGCAUUUAAAGACCAGACAGCAGGGAGAGAGGCUACAGAAGGCCAGGGGUCAGAGAGGAAGGUAGAGGAAGGCUUUGAGGUCCAGGCAGAUCAGAGAGUGAUAGAGGCCGAGGGGAGGCAAGCCUCAGUGAUCGGGACUGUUCCAGCCAGUGUGGAGGAGGUGGCGCAGGCAGAGAUGGCUAGAGAGGAGAAAGAGGGUUGCUCGGCAGUAGAGGCUGAGUCGCCCAAGGACAAAGUGGCAAAUGAGGCUGAAGGGGAUGCUGACCUGGAGGCAGCCCCAGAGACCAGCAGUCCUGAGAAGGAGUUCAGCGGAGAGAGGAGCGAGGAGGAGGCUCAGACAGUUGCAGAAGCACAGGGGGUGAUGUCGGGUGACCUUGAGCAUGAGGUCACUGCAGGCCAGGAAGCUGAGCUGAUGGCAGGCCCCCAGACCCUGACAGAGCAGCCUGGGGAAGGACAGGGGGGUGAGGAAGAGCUCUGGGGCCUUUCAGCCUUGAGCAGAGAGACAGAAGAGAACCUGGAAGAAGAUCCCAGGAACAUGGGAAAUGUAAAGCCUGGUGCCCCUGGGGCAGAAGUCUGGGAGAACCAGAGAAUGGGUGUGGAGAGAGAGGAUGCCCAGGAAGAAAAAGCAGGUGCUGAAGAGGAGGAGGAGGAGGCUUCAGGAGGCCAGGCACCAGAGGAGGCCAAGGGAGCCCAAGAGUCUACCCUCUCAGGUGUCCUGGAGGCAAUCGGGGAGUGGAAGAAAGCCCAGGAAGCAGGGUGUGGAGCAGAGGAGGGAGAGGUCCCUGCACCAGAGAGCCAAGAGCUGGGUGGAAGGCACGGGGCAGAUGCAGGGACAGGUCAGUCACUGGGAAAGUCAGAUGCCAGAGAAACAGAGGAUGAGGAGGUGGAGGCCAGAGUGCCCUGGGGGGCAGACACAACAUCCAGUGGAGACUGGAGGCUGGAGGAGACUGCUCUGAGCCUCCAGGACAGCGAGGACCCAGGGGCCAGUUCUUUAGCUACUGAGAUAGUGAGGGAGAUGGCAGCUCUGGAUGGAAGGGCUGUUGGAGCUGGGGAAGGGCCCAAAAGAGAGGCUGGGGAAGCUUGGGACUCAGAAGGGAGGCAGGAGGCUGGGGGAGGCGAAGAACUGGUAGAGGCUGCACCAGGAGAAAACCAAGGUGGGCCGGAGUUUUGCCUGGAGGGCUCAGCGGAGGAGGUGACUGGCAGAGAAGGCCAAGCAGAGGCUUUGGAGGCCAGAGAGGAUGAGCCCAGGGGAGAGUGGGCUGAGGUCAGGGAACCUGCAGUGGCAGAAGGAAGCUGUGGGAUGGAUGGCUUUACCUCAGGCUCCCAGGUGGUGAGGGCAGAGAGGGCUGUGGCCACUGUGGAGGCUGAGAGCCUCCGAGGAGGGCAGAUGCUAUUGGAAAAGGAGGCUGUGGGAUGGCAGAUGAAGGAGCAGGGGCAAGGCAGGGAGGGGCAGCGUGGAGACCACCACCCUGAGGGAGAGGCACGAAGGCCCCUUGAUGUGGAGGAUGCUGAGGUGACUACAGACCAGGGAGCAGAAGCCAAGGACAUUGUUCCAGAAGGCCUGGAGGAUGGCCAGGGCCAGGAGGACCAGUCAACAAACCAGGAGCCUGCAGAGGCCAAGCCUAGGCCGCAUGGGGCCGGAGGGGAUGCCCUCAACAGCUGGAGCGAGGCCCCGCUCCCUGGGUCUCUCCUGGACGUGUCUAUCCCCCGGAGCCGUGUCCUCCUGUCUCGCAGCUCCUCGCUGCGACGCUCCCGGCCCUCUUUCCGUGGGACCCGAGCCCCAGAGCAGCAGGAAGAGCCUCCCAGCCCCCCAUCUGAGGAAGAGCUGGCACCUCCUGAGCAGAGCCUUCUCCAGCCAGAGAAACCCCCAGAGCCAAGUCCCCCAAAGCCUGAAGGGACCCCACUGCCAACCAGAAGGCCCCUGGGACGUGGGUUUGGCCUGGCACACUCCGGCAUGAUGCAGGAACUGCAAGCCCGACUGCGCCAACCGAAACCCUAGGGAAGGCCCUGAGCCCCUGGGAGCUAGGCCCUGGAUGAGGCUCAGAGGGUCCUCAGAGGGUGCACUGAACCCUGCUUGGCCUAUCUCCUUCUGCCACUUUGGAUACACCCUUCCCACCCUCUGGGCCUCAGUUUCUCCGUGUGUCAUUCGUGGAGCAGACAGAGCCAGACGUUUUUAGAACCAUGAUUUGGAAGAGCAUGACUUGGCAAUGUGGUGACGGACUCCCUGGCCCCUGGGACCACCUCUCAUGGCCUGUCCCGACCACCUUUCUAAUCUGCCUCAGCUGUCUGGAGGACCAAGGGGACAGGACAGUAGUCCCCAUAGCCUUCCCUCCCUGACUGCUCCCAGUCCCCAGCCAGGACUUCAGAGAGCUGGGGGACAGUCACACAAACCUCUGGGGCAGGAGCUAGCCCAGUGGAAAGGGGUCAGGAGGGUCUACGGAGCUCCAUUUGCAAUCAGAGGUUGGUGGCAAACAGAUCACUGGCCUCGAGCUUUCAAAAACUCGUGACUCUGCUGGUUACUAUGGCAACAACCAGCCCAGUAGCCAGACUGGAGGAAGGUAGGCCCAGGAGCUCCCAGAACUUAGGAUCAGAGAGGGGUCCAGGGUGGCCAGAGGCUAUAGACCCCAUCCCAGGCCCUUGCCCUUUGGGUGUCAGGUACCCCUUCUCUGAAAAGAAGCUGACUCGGAGGGAAGAUGAGAGUGCUUUAUUAGGCAGCCCGCAAGGUGGUCUCGCCCGAGGACAACUAGCAGGCUCUGAAACAAUAAAUAAACCAUCGUUUCCCUAACCAAUAAAUAAAUAUCCAAGAAAUAAAUAUCUGGCAGGGA